AUGGGCUUCUUCGACCGCAAAAAGAUCCGCAAGGCCGAGCCGGCCCCGGUCCCGGUGAACCACCCGCCGUCGUCACGAUACGCGACUUCAACCACACAGACGCCUCAAUACUGGCACCCACCACCACCAUACCCGAACCAACAGUACCCCGUCCAACACCCUCAACACCAACAGCCCAUCCGCCACCCCCCAAACCGGCAAUACCAGCAGCCCAUCGUGGUGAACCAGCACUACUACAUCACGCCGCCAUCCUCCGCGCCGCUCGCCCUGCCGGCCCCGCCGCGCCCGGGCUCAACCGUACCCUCAUCAUGCCCCGCCGGCCUCAACAAGUUCACCGGCCCCGUGGCGACCAUCGCCAAGGACUUCGCCUCGCCCCAGUUCUUCGACGAGCCGAACUUCCACCCGCACGCGACGCAGCUGAUCAACUCCACCGCGGCGUGCGUCGACCAGAUCGCCGGGUGCUUCAACGACGUCAUGACCAUGAUUGACGGCGGGAAGCUGUCUGGGCACGAGAAGGCGCUGUUUACGUACCAGCAGCAGCCCGCCCCUCGCGAGCAGCAGCAGCAGGUUGUGCCGUACGAGGGCAAGAGGAGCGGCGGGAAGUCGAGCAGUAGCAGCAAGAAGAAGAAGGAGAGCCAUUCGAAGGGGCAGGGCGUCGCGGAGAGUGUCGCGAGCGGGAGCUACUUUUCUAAAGUGGACAUGUACGCCAACGCGAGGCUGCCCCUGAACCUCCCGCCUCUUCGGCUAUACAUGCCCACCUGGCCGCUCCUCUGCAUGGCCGCCCAAUACGCCGAGCGCGUCUACGAGACCCCCAAAGGCGCCGAGCGCGACACCCACGUCAACGCGGACUGGAAGCACGGCACCAAGGCCAUGGUGAUCAAGUCCGUGCCCAUGGACCACAUGAACACCAUCGUCUUCGCGAUCCGCGGCUCCGCGACCUUCAUGGACUGGGCCGUCAACCUCAACACGGCGCACGCCUCGCCGACGAACUUCCUCGACGACCCGGGCAACUUCUGCCACGCGGGCUUCCUGACCGUCGCGCGGCGCAUGGUCAAGCCCGUCGCGGCGAGGUUGCGGCAGCUGCUCGAGGAGGACCCCGCGCGCAGCGGGUACUCGCUGCUGAUCACGGGGCACUCGGCGGGCGGGGCGGUGGCGAGCUUGCUGUAUGCGCACAUGCUGGCGACGAGUAAGGCGGCGCAGAGCGAGUUGAAUGUGCUGACGGGGUGUUUUAAGAGGGUGCAUUGCGUGACGUUCGGGACGCCGCCGGUGAGCUUGUUGCCGCUGAAGAGGCCCGAGUGGGCUGAGCUGAGGAAGAGUUUGUUUUUGACGUUUGUGAAUGAGGGGGAUCCGAUUGCGAGGGCGGAUAAGGCUUAUGUGAAGUCGUUGCUGGAGUUGUUGGCGUCGCCGGCGCCGAGUUUGGGGAAGCAGAGGGGUGGGGAGGAGAGGGAGAGGGAUAGAGAGAGGGAGAGGAAGGGGAGGGGGGUUGUGGCGAAGGCGAGCAAGAUCUCGUUGAGGGGGAAGGAGAGCAGUGCGGUGGUGAAGGAGGAGAGGAGGGCGAAGAAGCCUGUUUGGGAGUUGCCGGCUUGCACGCUGAGUUCGCCGGGACGGAUUGUGGUGUUGAGGAGCGGGGAUAAGAGGGAGAGGAUCAAGGAUAGGAAGACUGUCGAGGAGAGGUUGAAUGAGGGGGUCGUGGCGCAGACUGUGACUGACGAGGAGCUCAGGGGGGUGAUUUGGGGAGACCCGGUUUGCCAUGUCAUGAAGCUGUACUCGGGAAGGAUCGAGAUCUUGGCUGUUGGAGCUGUUACGGGCAGGCAUGGAUGA